AAUUAAAUAAAGUUGGUCAAAGUGAAAAUAUCUACACGUCAAGUUUCAUUUGAAUUUCAGCUGACAGGUGGCGUAGUUUUCAGCUUAGUUGUCACUUUUUUCUGCCUUUCCGGACUUGUAAUAAUUCAGUGAAGAUGACUCAGAAACAGAAAGCACUCUCGAAAGAAGAGGAAAUACUUUUGCAAGAUUUCAGCCGAAAUGUCUCCACCAAAUCAAAUGCCUUGUUCUACGGCAAUGCAUUCAUCGUUUCUGCAAUUCCGAUUUGGCUAUUUUGGAGAAUUCAUUUCAUGGACCUACUGACUUCUUCACCGUUGUUCCUCAUCAUCACAUGCUUAAGCACUUACUUGGUUUCUUUUGCUUACAAGAAAACCAAAUUUGUCUUGAAACACAAGGUGGCUGUUAAACGGGAAGAUGCCAUUAGCCGUGAAAUCUCAAAGAUGAUAGCCGAAGACAAAAAAAUGAAUAAGAAAGAGAAGGAUGAAAGGGUUUUAUGGAAAAAAAAUGAAGUCUCUGACUAUGAGGCCACUACUUUCUCCAUUUUUUACAACAAUGCACUUUUCCUUGCAGUUGUGAUUGGACUAAGUUUUUUCCUUCUUAAAUCAUUUUCCCCUUCAUUUAAUUACAUCUUGUCUGUGGGUCUCUCCAGUGGUCUUAUUGCCCUGCUUUCCACAGGCACCAAGUAAAGAUAUCUGCCGGGAAUAUUAAACAGUCUGUAUUUCGAGUAACACAAAGAAUGCUUUGAAAUACAGUUUAAAGUUACUUAAUUA